AUGGCACCGAGAAAACGAGCUGCCUCGGGCAUCGAGAGCAACGGCGAACCAGUUCCCAAGAGACGCUCAGCUCGUCAAGCAACAGCCUCUGUCUCCAAUACGUCUUCUCGCCCAGUCUCUACCUCAGAUAUCAAGGCGCCCCGGAAUACUGGGACAAAGCCGAGCUCCAAGCAAGCCAAGACGGACACCAAGGCCGCGGCCAAAAAGCCUACCAAGCAGUCAACAGGCGGCACAGAGACCAACAAGGCCGCCUCGCCAAUCGCAAGCAAGAAGGAUGCCGGCGCCAAGAGGAAUGAAAGAGCCGCGUCGGAAGACGUCGACGUAGACUCUAUACCCAGAACUAAUCCCGAGGCGCCCCGACAUGAAGGCGAGUGGUACUGGUUGAUGAAGGCGGAGCCUGAGACGCGCUAUGAGAACGGCAUCGACGUGAGGUUUUCCAUCGACGACUUGAGGGGCAAGACGAAACCCGAGGGCUGGGAUGGAAUCAGAGCAUAUGCCGCCCGCAAUUACAUGCGGAACAUGAAUGCCGGCGACAAAGCCUUCUUCUACCACUCCAACUGCAAAGAACCCGGCAUAGUAGGCAUAAUGGAGGUGGUCAAAGAAUUCUCUGAAGACGGUUGGCCUCUCCUUGACUGUUGCCCAGAGUUUUUACUGAUCAAGAGCGUAGUAAGCGCCCGUCGGCCGGGCACGCCCUACUACGACCCCCAAUCGACAAAGGACAAGCCGCGCUGGAGUCUUGUCCACGUCGAGUUUCGCAAAAAAUUCGCUGUGCCGAUUACCCUCAAGGAGCUGCGGGAGAUGGGAAAGCCAGGAGGCCCGCUGGAGAAUAUGCAGAUGCUGAAGCAGAGCCGGCUGAGUGUGAGCCGGGUCAGCAGUGAGGAGUGGGCGGCCUUGUGUAGGGUUGCGGACGAGAAAGCGAAGAAGGCGGGAUCGGAGCAUGAGACGGGCAAGUUGAACAAGUGA